UUCCUCUUCAUCCUCUUCUCUUCGCUUCACCUUCAUACGAUCCUAGAAUCUGCCCUCAUGCCUCACUGGAAGAGUGCGUUGGUCGGAUUGCUGGCCGUUGCCGGCACCGCUUUCUCCCACGCCCACCAUGACGAUGGAGAUGUCGUCCCCGAGCAUUUGCGGGCUCAAUUGUUGAAGAAGUGGGAUCAGGAGUGGUCCUUUUCCGGAAUUGCUAGCUUUGCCCACUUGAAGCCCGUCAAGUGCCUUAUCGAGCCCGAUGAGUUCUAUGACAUCGCCAUUAUCGGCGCACCAUUCGACACCGCCGUCAGCUACAGACCAGGCGCUCGUUUCGGUCCCCGUGCUAUUCGCGCCGCCAGCGCCCGCCAGAUGGCCGCUACAAGCUACAACACCCGUGCGGGCAUCAACCCUUACAGCUCCUGGGCCACCAUUAAAGACUGCGGCGAUAUCCCCAUUACCCCCUUCGACAACGGUGUCGCAGAGCGCCAAAUGUACGAGGCCUUCCUGGAGCUCGGGUCGCGUCCGGCCGUGACAACCUCGGACUCCAAGUACGGCUCCAAGGGCAUCUCCGCGGGCAAAGCGAAGCUGGUCACCCUGGGCGGCGACCACAGCGUUGCCCUCCCCGCGCUUCGCGCCCUGUACCAGAUCUACCAGAAACCCAUCACGGUGCUGCACUUUGACGCCCACCUCGACACCUGGAACCCCGUGCGCUACUCGGCAUACUGGGUCUCGGAGCAAUCGGCCUUCAACCAUGGCAGUUUCUUCCACAAGGCCAGUCGCGAGGGCCUCAUCUGCAACUCGACCUCGGCGCAUGCGGGCCUGCGCACCCGUCUCACCGGCGUCACCGAUAGCGAUUACACCAACCCCGGCCCAGAGCAGGGCUUCAUGCGCAUCCACGCCGACGACAUCGACGACCUCGGCCCCAUGGGCGUCGUCGAUAAGAUCAUCCAGCGCAUCGGCCUCGACCCCGAACAACCCGUCUACCUCUCCGUCGACAUCGAUGUCCUGGACCCCGCCACCGCCCCGGGAACCGGCACCCCCGAGCCCGGUGGCUGGACGACCCGCGAGUUCAUCCGCAUGCUGCGCGGCAUCGAGAAGCUGAACAUUGUCGGCGCCGAUAUCGUCGAGGUCUCGCCUAGCUAUGAUAACAAGGGCGAGACUACCGCGUUGGCCGCGGCCCAGGUCGCCUUUGAGAUUAUCACUAGUAUCGUCAAGGCCGGUGCUGGCGAGGAGUUGGGUGGAUGGUACGGACUGAAAGAGGAGCAGGUCGAGUCUGCUAAGAAGGCGGGCAAGGAUGAAUUGUAAAGGAGUUGAGUUGGGUUUGAGGAGGGUUUAUGGAGUUGCAUGAAAGGAACCUGUACCUAGUAUAUAAGUCGCAUGAUAUGGAUAAUGAUGAUAUGAGAAUGAGAGAUUGACUGCAC